AUGAAGCUUUUAACAAAGGAAGAAGAGGAUGCGCACUACAGCUCCGUCCUCAAAGGCGGCACCCUGGGCACACUCGCCGGUCUUGCCGCAGGCGUGGGCGGCGUAAUGUUCGCCCAAAAACGCUAUGCCACAAUCCGCAACCUCACCCUCCCCAUGAAAUCCUUCCUCGUCACCUCCUCGGGAACUUUCGUCGGAAUCAUCUCCGCUGAUAACGCCUCGCGCUCCUUCGAAGCCUCCCGCAACGCCGAACGCCAAUGGUACGAGAACCGCGAGCAGCGCCUCCGCGAGGAGGAGCUGCAGGGGAUGAGUUUUAUGGACCGUGCUUUCGCGUUUGCCCGCCGCGAGAAGUACAAGAUUGUCAGUGCUACGUGGGUUGCUAGUAUGAUUGGGUCGUGGGUGUUUGUGGGCCGGAACCCGUAUUUGUCUGGACAGCAGAAGAUUGUGCAGGCGCGUGUGUAUGCGCAAGGUCUGACGCUGGCGGUGUUGGUUGCGUCGGCAGCGUUUGAGAUUUCGGAUCAGAGGAAGGGUCGUGGGAUGUUGAAGCAGGGGCAGGAGGGUAAGGCGGAUAUGAAUGCGGCGGCUAAGGAGCAGGCUGCGGAGGAGCAACAGGGAGAUUUGUGGAAGGAUAUGGUUGCUGCUGAGGAGCAGAGGUUAAAGCAGAAGCAUCAGUCGUUGUAUGAGAAGCCGCACGCGCAUGCUCAGGCUCCGGCUGACGAGGGUGAGAAGACUGAGAAGGGGGGUGAGAAGAAGAAGGAGAACUAA